AUGCAGCAGAUGGAGAGGGAGGGCGGGAAGGAAAUUAUGAUGAGUAAUUUUAAUCAUAGAUACAGUCAGUUUAGCAAUGAUUAUGAUAGGCAGCUGAAGCAGCAGAACGCUGAUGAUGAUUUAGGAGGAUUUGAUGAUUACAGUCACAAUUUUUUCAACAAUGUGAAUGGUAUAACUACUACUCCAUUCAAGCCCACCAGCGGCGGGGGCACUUCCACCAACUCCUCGCCGACGUCGUCGCCGGGCUCUCGUGGGUUCAUUGAGCACCCGGUUUCCAAGUUCGAUACCCUUGCCGGCGUUGCCAUCAAGUAUGGCGUUGAGGUGGCUGACAUAAAAAAGAAGAAUGGUCUGGUUACAGAUCAUCAAAUGUUUGCCCUGAAAACGCUCCGGAUUCCUCAUCCCGGGAGACACCCUCCAUCGCCAUGUUUGUCAAGUGGCGCUGACACCCCUGGGGGGAACAACUUGGACCACACGCCACUCCAGCGUGGAUACACUGAUCUCCUCGAUUCAUUCCAAACUCUGAGGCCAAAAUCUUCUUCUGGACGAAAGGCCUCCCCUGCAAUGACUUCUUUACAGGGUUACUAUGGUAUUUCUUCUCCUGCUGAUCUCAGACUCUCUCCGGACACCAACCCUCCUUUAAACCAUCACCGGAAAUCCAGGAGCUAUGUCAAUGUUUUGCUUGAUGAGAACAAUGCUGCAGAUGGUGACUCCAUGGUAAGAAGACGGCAGAAAUCAGAAGCCGACUUCCCAAACAUGCUGAUGAGGGAAGAGAACGGUAAUGGUAGCGCUUCAGUAUCAGCAGGGAAAACUGGGGGAAAAGGGUUGGCUUUAAGACCCAAAUCAGCAAACCGGAGUGGUUUGAUAUCAGAACUCGAGGCGGCGGCAGCAUCAGCAGGCAGUUUGAGCCCUAAUAAACCAGCUGGUGCUGGAGGAGAUCCUGCUGAUGUUGCCGACCUGGUUGCGUCGGUGAGGAAGUCAUCGAGCACAUCAAGUUUGAACGAGACAGAUGGCAGUGGUGGUUCAUUCCCAUGGCCGACUCCAAAAUGGAACCUGAAGGCAGACCUGCAGGCGCUGUCGGCAGCAGCCAUAGCCAGGCCUAUCUUCGAUGGUUUGCCGAAACCCUUGAGUGGGUGGAGAAACAAAGCUGCUGUUGACUAG